AUCUUACCGCCUCACCAUCAUGUACAACGGUAUCGGUCUUACUACACCUCGAGGAAGUGGAACGAAUGGCUAUGUUGUACGCAACCUCUCGACGUUAAGGUCGUAUCAACCAGCCCAAGAUCGUGCAAAUGCUUGGGAUGCAGCACCGCCCAAGCACCGUGAACCGGACGAAGGCAUACUGGAACAUGAAAGGAAACGGAAGGUUGAGGUUGAAUGUCUAACCCUGCAGCUCGAGCUGGAGGAUAAUGGUGUUGACGAGACGGAAAUUGAAGAAAAAGUUAGCGCCCUCCGUGAAAAGCUUCUAGUGAAUUUGUCAAGCAUGGCACCCAAAAAACUGAAGCCUACCGACACUCAUGGCAUGGCCGCGGCUAAAAAGACCGAGCUUGCCAAAAUGGCUCGUGCUUUCGGUACCAGUAGCAACUACAAUGAAGGCGAUGCUUUUGACCGAGAAAAGCAGGAAGAGCUCAAGGUGAAGCGGCAGGCUGAACGAGAGGAGAGAGAUCGCAGAAAAGAGGAAGAGCGAGAAAAGAUGUUGGAGCAAAAGGCUAAAUGGGAAGCUGAGAAAAGGGAACGCGAUCGACUGCGACGAAGAGAGGAGGACAGGAUUCGACGGGAGAGAGAAGAAAAUGCCUUGAAGCGUAAGGAUCGUGGCAUGCCUCCACCGCCUCUGCCUCCUCCAAGAGAUCGGCCCUACCGUGACAGUCGUGGUUCAGACAGGCGCAGUCGGAGUCGAAGCCCUCGUCGUCGACCUUCGCCUCCCCGACGACCUCGCCGCGAUUCGAGGUCACCGUCUCCUCCGCCUCGUCGACGAUAUGAUUCACGUUCACGUUCACGUUCACGCUCACGGUCGUCGUCUCUGUCACGCUCUCCACCUCCACCUCGUCGGAGACGCUCACCUUCACCUCUCCGUCGCUCACCGCCUCCUACACCGCCUCGUCUGCGCGACGUAAGCCCUCCUCCCCGUCGCAGAGGACGGUCUGUAUCCCAUUCGCCGCCGUAUAGGCCAAGAGACAGAAGGGACCCUCCCGUGGAGGAUGACCCAAGGACAGACAGGGGAAGAAGGCAGCAUUCUGAGGAUCAACCUCGACGAGGUCGCGGUCGUUCUGCAUCAUCUGGUUCAUCAAUGUCUGUUAGCUCGCAGUCAUCAGGGAGCCGAAGCCGAAGCCGUGACUAGUCGGCUUUGUCGUGUACUUUCUGCCUCUCAUUUAUUCCGUUUGUCUGAUAUGUACGAGUAUUUCAACAAGAUUGACUUUGCAGAAGCUCGCAACAUUUUGAACCCAGAAAACAUCAAGGUGGCGUUAUACCAAUGAUUUUGAAAUCACAAUUUUGUUUCUAAAAG